CUGUGGAUUGAGGACGUGACCGGCAAGAGGAUGGGAGACAGCUUCAUGGAGAGCCUGAAGGACGGGGGGCUGCUGUGCGAACUCAUUAACGUUCUGCAGCCGGGUUCCGUGAGAAAGAUCAACACAUCCACUCAGAACUGGCACCAGCUGGAAAACAUCGGGAACUUUGUGCGUGCGAUCACCGAGUACGGCCUGAAGCCACAUGACCUGUUCGAGGCCAAUGAUCUGUUCGAGAAUGUCAACUACACUCAGGUCCAGAGCACACUGCUCGCUCUGGCUGGCAUGGCCAGGUCCAAAGGUUUCCCGUCCAAGUACGACAUGGGAGUGAAGUACGCCGAGAAGCACCAGCGCCGCUUCGCCCCCGAGAAGCUGAGGGAGGGACGCAACGUCAUCGGCCUGCAGAUGGGCACCAACAAGCUCGCCAGCCAGAAGGGUAUGACCUCGUACGGCACCCGACGUCACCUGUACGAUUCCAAGAGUGGCAUGGACAACCCGCUGGACCAGUCCACCAUCAGCCUGCAGAUGGGCACCAACAAGGGAGCCAGCCAGGCCGGGAUGACGGCUCCGGGAACCAGGAGGCACAUCUUCGACAAGAAGCUGGAUCUGGAGAACUGCGACAGCACCACCAUCUCCCUGCAGAUGGGCACCAACAAGGUGGCGUCCCAGCAGGGCAUGACCUCCUACGGCCUGGGCCGCCAGGUCUACGACAACAAGUACUGCUCCAACCCCACGGAGGCCUGCGACAACGGCAGCGAGGCCGAGUUCGACGGCUACAACCAGUACUCGGAUGAAUAA